GGUGCUAGUGUCCGUGGUGUUUUUCCCCUUUAUCUCCGUGUCCUUGUCCCGCCUCGCAGCGCUGCGCUCCGGGGAGAAGCGCCGCGUCGGAAGGAGCCGUUACUUUGGACGGGCAGCAUGAGGCUCUCCCAAGGAAGGAGGAGAAGCCGCACUGAGCAGCCGGGGAAGGUCGUGGUUCGCAUCUGUUGCUCCGAAGCCCGGCGGCAGGCGCGGUCCCCUGGGCUGGAAGUGAUGGAGAGCCUCUAACCGGUGGGCUAGCGUCCGAGCGUCUGCGCCGGGGGCAGAUAUGGGGAAAAUAAAGUAAAAAUGAGGAAAAGUGGCUGAGAGGGAGCGAAACAAAACGAACAUUUCUCAGAGGGAUUUAACUUACAAAAAGGGCGCUUCCCGGAGAAAAUGUGAACCGCAGGAACUUCGGAAGGAAGAUGCCGGCUGCCAACGCACGCACCUAAACCAAAGAUGAAGUAUUAGAAUGGCAUAAAAUAUGGCCCAGUUCUACUACAAAAGAAGUGUCAAUGCUCCCUACAGAGAUCGUAUCCCUCUUCGUAUUGUACGAGCAGAAUCUGAACUGUCCCAUUCAGAGAAAGCCUAUCUGAAUGCUGUGGAGAAAGGAGAUUAUGCCACUGUGAAGAAAGCAUUGGAAGAAGCAGAAAUUUAUUUCAAGAUCAAUAUUAACUGCAUUGAUCCCCUGGGAAGAACUGCACUCCUUAUUGCAAUUGAAAAUGAGAACCUUGAGCUCAUUGAGCUGCUCUUAAGUUUUAAUGUAUAUGUGGGAGAUGCUCUUUUGCAUGCCAUAAGGAAGGAGGUAGUUGGUGCCGUGGAACUGCUGCUAAACCACAAGAAGCCCAGUGGGGAGAAACAGGUCCCACCAAUACUUCUGGACAAGCAGUUUUCAGAAUUCACACCAGAUAUCACACCCAUUAUUCUGGCUGCUCACACCAACAACUAUGAAAUCAUCAAACUCCUUGUGCAGAAGGGGGUCUCUGUGCCCAGGCCACACGAGGUCCGCUGUAACUGCGUUGAGUGUGUCUCAAGUUCGGAUGUGGACAGCCUUCGGCACUCUCGAUCUAGGCUCAAUAUCUACAAGGCUCUGGCGAGCCCGUCUUUGAUUGCUCUGUCCAGUGAGGAUCCUUUCCUUACUGCUUUUCAGCUGAGCUGGGAGCUGCAGGAGCUGAGUAAAGUUGAAAAUGAAUUUAAGUCAGAAUAUGAGGAACUGUCGCGGCAGUGCAAGCAAUUUGCAAAAGAUCUUCUGGAUCAGACACGGAGUUCCAGGGAAUUGGAAAUUAUUCUUAAUUACAGAGACGAUAACAGCUUGAUAGAAGAACAAAGUGGCAAUGAUCUUGCAAGAUUGAAACUGGCAAUUAAGUACCGUCAAAAAGAGGUGAGUGUGCUGGAGAAUAUUUAAACAUAUUUAGUAGUAGUAAUGUGCUAGAUAAUAGCCUGAAGCUUAUACUUUUAACUUAGACAAAUUCUCCUGUUUUUCUACAUG